AUGGUGCGGGACACAGCACAGCACGCUUCUGUUCUGAAAUCGCGGCUCUCCAAGGAUGCGGUGAAGGAGCAGGAAGUGGCAGUGAAGCGCAGCAAGCGUAGCAACUUCACAGUGGCCUCAUCACACAGCAAAGGAAAUCCUAUUCACCGUCCUCUCAAGUAUCAUGAGAAAAAGCUCCUCCGAAAGCACGACUUCAUGCAAUACCCACAGGACAACUGGCACGAACCUUUCUGCAUCACGAAGUACCACCUCGAAGACCGCGAAGACUACCGCCGAUACCUGCGUCUGGUCGGCCUCAUCAGACAGAUUCUGGCGCACCUUCGCUACCUUCCCGCAGACAGCAAGGUUCGAAUACAGAUAACUCAACAAAUGUUAGACAAGCUGCUCUCCAUGGGUCUAAUUAAAGAGAAACUUGGUUUGGCCGAAGUGGAUAAAGUGGGUGUGGAGGCUUUCUGCAAGCGUCGCAUACCCACUGUUCUGCGUGAUCUCAGUAUGGCGCCUAACUGCAAGCUUGCUGCAGAGCUUGUUCACCACGGGCACGUUCGAGUAGGCACCACACAAGUUAGAGACCCAGCCUUUCUUGUUCCGAAGGGCCUGGAGGAUCUCAUUACAUGGAUGCCGGGCUCAAAGAUCAAACAUCACGUGGACUCAUUCAAUGUUCAGCGUGAUGAUUACGAAGAGUAA